AUGGCUCAAGACUCCGCCUCUCAUAAUCCAAUCGGUGUUUCGUUUGGUAAUCUGACGGAACCACCACCACCGGUCGAUGAUGAUACGAAGACCAAGAUUUCCGAAGCCGCAGAGAAAGAUCCGACGGGCCAGAGUCUAGGGGGUUCAGUGGAUCUUGAGCGUCAGCGCGCCGAGACAACGACCAGGUUCGCCCGGACAAACCAUUAA